AAAAAAAUCAACGUGGCUCCAUUAGCCUUCCCUCUCCGUAGUCUCUGGGAUAGGUUCCUCGAUCUGUUUCACUCUCUCAAGCUAAACCCUGUAAUUCUCCCAAGAAAAUUUACGACAAAGCCCGGGAAAUCUUCCCAGAAACUUCCUUUAUCUUUUGUCCUUACUGGGUAUGGUAAAGAAUAAGAAAGUUUGUACCUCUGUGAUUGGUUUUAGAUAGGAAGUACGUCAAUGGCGGGAAUAGCUAUAGUCUUGGAUUUGUUACGGAAAAACCCAAGUUUAUACACGGGCCAAAGCCUCCACUCUUAUGGGUUGUUCUCGGCUACCGUCGCGGCAUCUGCCGCCGCCGCCGCCGUCUCCGCCGGAACCCCUUUUGCCUCUAGGGCGUUGUUCGGGAUAUCAGUUGCUCAUUGUGAUGCUGGUGCAGCAUUGUCUGAAGAUUACAUUUCCAGUAUACGAAGCACAACUACAAAUAUCUUUCAGCACGAUUCUUUGAAAUACGGAACAAAAGAAUAUAAAAUUGAGUUAAAACCUUUAUUCUCAGCUUUUGAAUUAAGGGCAUUUGCUAUGACUUCCGUGAGGUCGUUUUUGAUGUUCUAUUUGCCUCUUUUGGAGCCUCAUUCCAACAUUGAGGAGGAUGAUGAUGAGUUUCUUCAGGACACUCAAGAAGAGCACCGUUUAGAUUUGGUUGUUCCUUUUAAAAAAUCACUGAAGCAAAUCGUCCGUGAGACUACUGUUGUAACCACUAGACGAGUGCUAGAACGAAUUGCUGUCCAUUAUGUUUCACAGAGGAUGGCAUGGAAACUUUUGAAAGAUGGCCCCAAAUCUGCUGUGCGCAAGGCUGAAAGAGGAAUGCCUAGAUUGGUUUACUUCUAUAGUGUUAGCAGAACAACUAUCAGAGGACACUUUCUAGGGGUUGCUGCAUCAUGGCUUGUCCAAGUUGGUAUUGAAAUCUACAGAUACAUCUCUUCUCUGAUUAAAGAAGAGAGUGAUGAUCUUGAUAAAGCCGAAAAGAUAAAAUUUCUGGGGAAAAAGGUUGCCGGUGCUACUGUAAGGUGUAGUGCAUCACUGGUUUUUGCUUCCAUUGGGGCAGGGAUUGGUGCCACCCUCAUUCGUCCUUCAGUUGGCCAGUGGAUUGGCUGUGCUGUUGGGGAUUUGGCUGGGCCUUUUAUUGUAUCAGUUUGCCUCGAGAAAGUUCUGCAUGUGGACCUUUAAGCACUGGGUGAAAUUAUUACGACAUAUUAUUUGCAUCUGCUUAAAAUUGUUGGUGUACUUUUAUAAAAUGUUAAGGUACUUGAUGAUAAUAAAUCUUUGAAUAAUGCUACUUACUAAAAGCAGGUGUUGAAGCAGAAGCCAAUAUGGCGGUCAGUUGAAAUUUUACA